AUGAUAUCCCCGCAACCGACGAUGCAGCAGCACCAACCGCAGUCGCUCCCGCCGCCGUUGCCGCCGCCGCCGUCCGCGGUGCCCAACGGCAUGCAUGGGCAAUCCCCGUCGCCUUCAAUGAGGCAUCAGCACAUGGCCGCCCCACGGUCGUCGACUUCGUCAAUCUCGAGCAGCAGGCUCACCCUCCCGGACAGGAACGUGACGGCGGACACCAUUGAGGAUGCCUACACCCACUUCGUCAUGUCCUGCAACCCGGCCGUCCCGCCCGACACGGACACGGCGGCGCUGCGGGAAGCUUUCCGGGUCCCGCCCAAGAGCGGCGGCAAGAGCUUCAGCACUUUCACCCUUUUCGAGCUCAUCAAGCAGUUGGAGACCAAGGAGAUCAAGACGUGGGCAGAGUUGGCUCUCAAGUUGGGCGUCGAACCCCCUGAUCAGGAUAAGGGUCAGAGUUCUCAAAAGAUUCAGCAGUAUGCCGUCCGGCUCAAGCGCUGGAUGCAUUCUAUGCAUGUGGAUGCCUUCUUUGAGUAUCUGAUGGAUCACCCUCACCCUUACUGGACAGAGAUCCCAAAUGACCCAACGCCCGUGUGUGAAGCGGGAAGGGAUGGUGUGCUAGCAGAAGACGACAUGGCUCUCCGAGCACUUUUACCACAGAUUCGGCCCAGGCGGGGGAGGAAAAGGCCAGAGGACGACGAAUUCGCAAAGUCCCCUUCACAACGAGCGAGAUUGGACUCACCGCCGACGGGGACGGCCUACACCGCCGCCCGGCCAGAGACUCUGGGUCCGUGGUCCGCUCAUCCCGAUGGACGCGCUACGUUCGGCUGCUCUGAUCAUUUGAAGUUGAGCGCCAACACGGGAUCAGUGACGGGCUGGCCUCCGGCCCCUGACACAGCGCAGACGCCGCUCACGGCGUAUCCACAGGGCCCGAUGUCUGCGCUCACGCCGUCAACGCGCAACAGCGGGUUCUGGGGUGAUGCGGAACCAAGGUCGGCUAUUACUCCCUCACGACCAAAGGCAUCUCACCGGCGACACGGUGCCAAAGUCGUUUCCUCUGCGUGGAGGAGUGGCGGACCAGGAGGCAGCGGCAAGACUCGGGGGAGACCGCCUAUGAACAAAACGAAUGUCGAUGGGCCAUUUGUGGCUUUCCCCGCCGAAGGACCGGCGUACAAGCGGCCAAGUCCCGAUACCAAGAUUGAGUCGGGCCCGAUUACACCCCCGGCGCCAAUACCCCAGACCGCACCGGUACCACCAGUCGCAGUCACGGAAUUACCUACACCGCCGCAUAUACCGCGGCCGGCCAAGCCGAGUAUCUCACUACAGGUUCCGGAACGUCAAGGAGGAUCCGUUCGUCUCGCGACGCCGCCGCCUCCACCGAUCGUGAUCGUCAACGGAGAACCCCCGGGCGAAGUACCCGACAUAAUAAACUCGACAGCCACAGCACCACCAUUGGAGUUCCCGCCCGGUCACAACGUGCCCCUCCCCCCUGGUGCCAUACCACCAGUAGACCUGAAAGCGCAGACCGUCCUGCCGGUUGACCCGCCGCCCGCCGCGAAAGGCAGCGGCAUACCACCACAACCCAACGACAUCCCCAUCGGCAUGUUCGAGAACAUGAAGGACCGGACCAACAUCGACGCCGUCCUGGGUUAUUUCGCGCACGAGGCGGCCAACGGCGACUGGGUCGACGCGGACAACAACCCUAUCGAGAACUGCAGCAUCGCCGAGGCCUACGCGCUCGUGCACACCACUGUAGAAAGGAUGUGGCAGACGGCGCCGAACCAGGACGCCUUUUUGAUUAAUCUCGCGGCGCUGGCGGGCGGCAGGGCGCUCAUGACGACGAGCAAGCUGCGGGUGAAGCGGGAGGAGGAGUAUGAGGACCGCGCGACGUACAGCUGCAGCUGGGAGUUCCGGCUGGGGACGAUACGGGGCAACUACAACAUGGUGCAGACGGUCAUGUACAACCGGUGGCGGCGGCCCGAGGAGAAGCUGGAGAAGCCGAAUAUGAAGGGCACGGGCGGCGCCGAGUCGGAGUGGGAGAGGAAGUAUCGGGACCUGCUGGCGCUGUCGGAGAAGAGGGAUAAGGAGAUUCAGGCGAUGCGGGCUGGGCUUACGGCGAAGCUGAAUGAGACGUUUCAGGAUGCCAAGGAUCUUGAGAACAAGAUGCUCAUCAAGGAGUCUUACGUAGACGUGCCGACCAAGGCCGACGGCAAGGAUGGUUCCAUGAGAAUCUUCCUCUUCCACCCUUCCAUUCCAGGCUAUCCCCAGGCCAAGUUUCCAGGCGUCUGCCUCUUCUCUGAAAUCUACCAAGUGACCGGCCCCGUCGCCCGCUUCGCCCGCCAGAUCGCAGGACAGGGCUACAUCGUCGCCGCGCCCUCGUCCUACCACGACUUCACCGGCCCAGAGGCCCUGGCCUACGAUGUUCCCGGCACCGACAAGGGCAACGCCUGGAAGGUUGAAAAGACCCUCGCGUCCUACGACGAAGACUCCCGCCGCACCGUAGACCACCUCCUCACCCUCCCAACCUGCACCGGCAAAAUCGGCAGCACGGGAAUGUGCCUAGGCGGCCACCUCGCCGUCAGAGCCUCCCUCGACCCCCGAAUCACCUCCUGCGUAGCCUACUUCGCAACAGACAUCCACACCCGCACCCUAGGCCCCCACACCUCCGCAAACUCCUCCCCGACAGCCCCCGAAAACAGCACCCACACCCUAGACCUCUUCGCCACGAACCUCACCCACGCAGAGGUGGCCAUGAUCUUCGGCGUGAAAGACACCCACGUCCCCGCGGAAGGCCGCGACCUCAUCCGCGCCAAGCUCCGCGAGGCGGGCGUCACGACGAGCUUCUACGAGUUCGCGUGGGCCCAGCACGCCUUUAUCCGCGACGAGCUGAGCAAGGGACGGUAUGACCCCGCUAUUACAAAGGUCUGCUUUGAGAUUCUGCUAGAGUUGUUCGGGAGGACGCUCAAGUUGGAUUUGGGUCCGUUGGAGGGCGUUGGCGAGGUUGAGCACGUUUGCUAG